CGCCGUCCUUUCCCCGGCUCUCCGUGCUGCCGCCGCUGUUCCGCUAUGGCUUACCAGGGCUUCGCGGCCGAGUACUUGGGCAUCCCCGCCGUGACGCGCGCCUACACCACCGCCUGCGUCAUCACCACCGCAGCCGUGCAGCUGGAGCUCAUCACCCCCUUCCAGCUGUACUUCAACCCCGAGCUCAUCUUCCGCAAGCUGCAGAUCUGGCGCCUCAUCACCAACUUCCUGUUCUUCGGCCCGCUGGGAUUCAGCUUCUUCUUCAACAUGGUCUUCCUGUAUAGAUACUGCCGGAUGCUAGAGGAAGGCUCUUUUCGUGGAAGGACUGCAGACUUCAUCUUCAUGUUCCUCUUUGGAGGGUUUCUCAUGACCCUCUUUGGCCUGUUUGCCAGCCUCUUCUUCCUGGGCCAGGCAUUCACCAUCAUGCUGGUAUAUGUCUGGAGCCGAAGAAACCCCUACAUCCGCAUGAACUUCUUUGGACUGCUGAACUUCCAGGCUCCUUUCCUGCCGUGGGUUCUGAUGGGCUUCUCGCUGCUGCUGGGCAACUCCAUCAUCAUUGACCUCCUAGGAAUUGCUGUGGGUCAUGUAUAUUAUUUCCUUGAGGAUGUCUUCCCCAACCAGCCUGGAGGGAAGAAAUUGCUACUAACACCGGGAUUUUUGAAGCUUGUAUUUGACCCUCCUGAAGAAGACUCAAACUACAAUCCCCUCCCUGAGGACCAUCUGGCUCCUGCUCAAGAUGGAAAUCAGCCCCAGGAGCCACAAUAGUGGUGGCAGAGCAGGUCCUCCGCUUGCUACGCGGAGGCAGGACUUGGACAGGGACAGCCCUCUCAGUAGCACUGCAGCCUCAUGAUUUGUAUUUCCGUCACUCCCGUUUCCCUUCUUCUGCUAAGCUGUGUACUAGCUGAAGGGGGAAGUCUAUUCACGUGCUGAAUAGUGCAAAGACCUUGAAGACACAUUUGCUAAACACAACUCCCCCCCACCCCCUGCCAAAUCGCUGGCUGCAGGGGACUGCAGAUGCUGAGGGGGGGGGGGCCUUCAACAACCAUGUGAAACCAAAAAUCUUAAAUGGCUGGCCUUUUGACGGGGCCAGUUUGAGAAAAAAUGCCGUGGUUGGUGCUGCUGUCUUUUGUGUUGCCAUGCUGCACCAACUCAGGAUCUGGCACACACAAAUUGGGUUUCUAGUGGUCGGAGACCUGAGAUGGCACAAUGUUUUGCACAGCCAGUUAAAAGUCCUUGUUCCAUGCAUGGCUGAGCUGCCCCCAAACCCUCUUCCCUGACAUUCCUCCAACUACCCCGGUAUUUGCCAAUUUAUUUUCAAGCUCUAUACAAAAAUAAAAGUGGAAUGCAGAAUAAGUAUGCACAGCCCACUUCUUUCCCGCAAGGCUGAGGGCAGGUAGCAGCUCCAGCUUGUCAUUCUAUGUCAAAGCUCGAGAUCAGAAACCUAAGUCUGGCAACAGGCUUCAACACAGUCAGGGCCAAUUUGAAAUCCCAGCAUCUAGGCCUGAAUCCAAAAUACAUUUGACUGCCUCUGAAAGUAUGUCAGCUCCUCUUUGUGGCCUAUGACAUUACUUUCUAGGAUUUGAAACGUGUUGAGAGGCUAUUUUAUAGAACAGAGUUAACAUAGCCCCUAUAGCCCAAACCAGAUGCUACAGGAGAAAAAAUGUUCCCGUUGUUUUACAGUGCAGUUUAAGUACUUACUUAGUAAGCACAGUGACCUGCUUUGGAUGAUCAAACAGUUCGCUAUGGUGCCCUAUGGCAUGUCAAGCAGGAGAGAAACACAUUCUCAGGAUGCAAACUAGACUUAAUGACAAGAAGCCCGACAUAUUUAUUUUAAGGCCUUUUUCAUGAGUCAGUAACAUUAAUAAAAUAAGAAUAAAAUGAAACAUACAUAGUAGUGAAACAUUUUGCUUUCAGGAUAGGUUAAUUAAACACAUUGCCACAAGGGCCUGUGCAUAUAUAUUCACAUUAUAAACAUUACAGAGUGCUACUAAGGCACAAGAAAAACUUAGCACACUGGAUGAUAAACAUCUGUUAAGGAAGGAAAUAGAGAAGAUUCUGAAACUAAAACUCCGUAUCCACGGGGCUUAAAGAUCUAAAGUUCUUACCACUAGUGUGACUCAUGGAUAAUUUGCAGACACUUCUCAGUUACAGCAGAAGUGUUCCACUAUGAGACUUUGAUUUUAUCAUAACUACAUGGGAACACCUGGCAGGGCCCAGAAAAAAACGGACUAAGAAUAUAAGAAUGAGUUUGAAGAAUACCCCUUAGAGAUAAGAGAUUAAAACAGGAGACAAUCUUUUUUCUGGAAGAAAGUCUGCAGACACUUCUCUAGUAAGUAAGAACUAGUAUGUUAAAGUUGUGUCAGAUUUAUAAGAUUUUUAAUGCAUAGACCCUUGAGGCAAUGUUUUUGUGAACCGCCCAGAGAGCAACGGCUAUUGGGCGGUGUAAAAAUUAAAUAAAUAAAUUGUUUCAUUGUAUUAUAUUUUAUUAUUAACAUUACAGCUCACUGCAGAAGAUCUUAAAAUAAAGAACAGACCAAAACACAUCGGGCUUCUUGUCAAUAAACCUAUUUUGCAUCCCGAGAACAUGUUUCUCCCCUUUGUGGCCUGCUUUAGAUAUUCAUCUGCCUUUGGUUCUUUGACCUAUGGCAUCUACCAGCUGCCAUUUUGCAUAUUCAACCCCCAACCAUGGGCUGUCAUGUAUUGGAACCCAGACGGCAGGGGUUAUUUAAGGGUUAGCAUAAACCAUGGUAUCUGUUGUAAGUAUAUGCGAGAAUUAUUUUACCCUAAAAUAACCCCAGCCGCCUGGGUUCUGACAACACAAUAAGCCAUUGUGAGAGAGGGAGUGGAGAGAAAGGCUUGAGGCACACACCUGACUGAAACAUGCUCUACCCCAGAGGAGAAGUAGCUGUGGGAAGUAAUGGGCCAACACUGACUGGGUUACUUCUAGGAACUUCCACUUGUGCUGGAAAGCGGCAAAGGGCUUAUUAAAUAAUUCCUGCUUUUCAGGGAGCAGGUGAGUCUUGUACAAACGCUUAUCCUAUAGCCAGCAAAUGAAUAAAUUGGGUUUUUUCCCCAUAA